UUCCAUUUAGUGUGCCUUGGGAGACGCUAGGAACAGGGUGUGCCGACUCUAUGCUUUUUCCGAGAAAUUUGGCAUAAGCAUUCCGUUACAACGUUUUUAAUAAAUUGUUCGUUUCUGUGUUCGAACCCAAAAGAUGUCCGAGAAUAAAAAUGAAAAAAAAGAGCCUCCGCCUCCACUGGACGAAAUAGAUGCCGAGGAGUUGCUGGCCACCACUCAAGCCAAUAUUUCCAAUGAACUGGCCAAGAAAAUCUGGAGUGUGACGACCAGCGACGUUGCCCUGGGAAUACGUGAGUUUCCUGGAGAAAAGCUGCCCUAUGUACCCUCGGAUAUUGGAUCAAUACUGGCACCUCCGGCGGGUUCAAGAAGCGGAAUUGGAAACAGAUUUGGAAGUAAGCAACAUGCGAAUGAAAAUGCCACCGCCCACAUCCUCGAGGUGGGCAGGGCUCUGUACGGAGAGACCUACGGUUUCCCGGAGAAUGAAAGUCCCAACUAUUAUAAGGCAGCCGAGAAUUACUCCCUCUUCGGCGAAUACUUUCUCGACUUUCCCAAGGACACGGCUACUUGUUUUGCAGAUCUGGAGCAGACGUCGGACGGGGACUCUAAGCCGCCACCGGGAUUCGAGCGGGCAACCACCAGGACGUCUUUACCCUUUGAUAAAAACCAAGCCCAGACCAAUGGAGGAGCAGCAGCUCCAGCCUCGGGAUCCAAGUACUCUGGGCCACAGCAGAGACAGGCACCGCGUCCGCAGCAGCCCGUGCAGCAUCGCCAGCCAGGCGAUGAGAAAACAUUUCCCCAGAUGUAUCAAUUUAAUCAGCUGGCACCACAGACUCAGCUUAAUCCUUCGCACCACCAGUCCUGCCCGCACUUGCAUGGUUCCCAUGUCCAGCCGCAGCCACCUGUGGGUUCAGUCCCUCCGUCGAACAUGGCAACAGCUUUACAACAGCAGCAGAAGCAACAUCGUCCGGGUGGAGCCCUCAUAAAUGGCGCUGAAAUCGGAGGAGGCCUGUGUGGCCACAGUCACGUCCAUAAUCAUGGUCAGGGCCAUGCCACUGCCAAUGAGUUCAACUUGUCCCAGCUCUAUCAGCAACUUAUGGCCCGCAACAUGAGGACCAAUCCUCUCCACCACCAGCUGCAUCAUCAGCAGCAGCAUAUGGCCCAGAACCAGCAGCAGCAUCAUCACCAUACAACAACCUGUGCGGCUGCUGCGGCAGCCAUGAUUUAUGCCAACUUUGAGAACCAUAUCCGCCAGUUGCAUCUGCAACAGCAUUUGCAGCAGCAGCAACAGCAGCAACAUCAGCAACAUCAGCAGCAGCAACAACAGCAGCAGCAGCGUCAUGCCCGUAUACCAAGGGGCAUUUACGGCGGUAACGGACAGGCAGGGCCAGGAGCAGCAACAGGAUCAGGAGGUGGAGUAGGCGCCACUCCUUCAACUAGCCAGGAACCUCCAACAACUGGUCACAAAUAAGGUCAGUUAUGGAGAGAAAAAUUAAGGGAACCUCUAAUUAAACUAAUUUUUUAUAUAAAUUUUACACUUAAACAAAAUUUAACACUGUAAUUGGUGAAAUUACAAACAAAACAAACUAAUUUUUCGGUCCAAUCAUUGCUAAUUUUUAAGGUUUCUUGAAUAUAAAACGUAUAGGUUUUUAGGAA